CUUCCCAAACAUCACCUGUCACCGAACACUACAUUUUUGGAUACACUUUCAACCCUCCCUGGUCCGAAUCAACAUGUCUUCUUCCCACUUCCAACUUGGGGGUAGAGAGAGAAGACUCACGACCAAAACCACCCCUUUUUAGAGAGAGAAAGUUAACUCGAAUAUUCCUACUUACUCUUCACUUGCAGUUAACUUGGGGUGUUUUGAGACAGUUUUAGAACAUAAACUUGGAGGGAUUUUGUUGGGUGUGGUUAAUUUUGGCUGAAAAAUUUGCUUUUCGUCUGUUCUUCUCAUUGAAGCAAAGGUUUGAAAGAGGGGAACGUGCUACAUGGGUGAACACAACCUAUGAGAAAGAUUCGGUUUUUACUAUUUUUUUGAGGUGGGGUGGCAGUGGAUGAUUGAUUUUGGAUGGAGGGGAUUGUGAGCUGUUAGAGGAAUUUUGUUUAUUUAUAUUUUCCAUUUACUUUGGAGGUGUGUUUAUGUUGGAACGAUUAUUCAGGGGAGGUGGGUUUGUUGUUGGAUUUUGAGAGUCUUUAUUUCUUAUUCUUGGUAUGUAUUGAAAUGAGGGCUUGGUUAUAGUUUAAGGUUGCAGCAUGAGUUGCAGAGAAAGGAACAAAGGGGAAAGAGAAGAGAAGGAAUAUGAAAAUAGUUCUGUUGCAUUGAAAUCAAAAUCAGCGAGGCAAAACAUUGGUUCAAUAGAAGAUGAACCGCUAACAAUUGAUGAAAGUCUUCUGAUUGACCCCAAGCUAUUGUUUAUUGGGUCAGAAAUUGGCGAGGGAGCUCAUGGAAGAGUUUAUGAAGGAAGGUACAGAGAACGGAUUGUUGCUAUCAAAGUUCUGCAUCGUGGGAGUACUUUAGAAGAAAGAGUUUCACGGGAGAAUCGUUUUGCUCGCGAAGUUAAUAUGAUGUCUCGUGUCCACCAUGAGAAUCUUGUGAAGUUUAUUGGAGCUUGUAAGGAUCCUCUGAUGGUUAUUGUUACAGAGAUGUUACCUGGUUUGUCACUGCGAAGAUAUCUGAUCACUAUACGCCCUAAACAAUUAGAGCUUUAUGUGGCUAUAAAGUUUGCCCUUGAUAUUGCUCUGGCCAUGGAUUGGUUACAUGCCAAUGGAAUCAUACAUAGAGAUCUGAAGCCUGACAAUCUGCUGCUCACGGCAAACCAGAAGUCGGUUAAACUUGCUGAUUUUGGCCUGGCAAGAGAAGAAUCUGUGACCGAAAUGAUGACUGCAGAAACUGGAACUUACCGUUGGAUGGCACCCGAGUUGUACAGUACAGUGACAUUGCGUCAAGGGGAGAAAAAGCAUUACAACAAUAAGGUUGAUGUCUACAGCUUUGGAAUUGUUUUGUGGGAGCUACUAACAAAUCGCAUGCCUUUUGAAGGAAUGUCCAAUUUACAGGCUGCUUAUGCUGCCGCAUUUAAGCAAGAGAGGCCUAACCUUCCUGAAGACAUAUCUCCUGAUCUUGCGUUCAUCAUUCAAUCAUGCUGGGUUGAAGAUCCUAACAUGAGACCAAGCUUCAGUCAGAUUAUCCGCAUGCUUAAUAAGUUCAUCCUCACUCUCCAACCACCACCAUUUUCAGCACCACCUGAACCGGACGACGAACCUGAGGCCGUGACAAGUAAUGGCACAAUAACUGACUUUUCUACGCGAAAUAAAGUAAAGUUUUCAUUUAUUCGCCACCUUUUUUCUUCGAAGAGGACCAAAAGCUGAUAGUGUGAGUUGUAAAUUUGAAGAACCUUCCUUUUGUUGUAGAUAAAAGAGUUCUUCUCAUAGUACUUAUAAAGUUUAAUGCAUUUACAAGUAAUUAUAUCUAAGGUGACAACUACAGGGAUGUAACAUGUCCAACAGAAGUGUAGAAUACGAUGAUUAACUUUUGAAAGAGUAAGGAAAAAUAAAGGCUUGUUUAUUUUA